CAUGUCUAGCUUCAAGGUAAUAUUAAAAUAAAAUCCGUAGAAUUCAAGGUUCGAGAGAGAAGUUAACGAAUGUAGUAUUACAGUAGAUUUUUACUUAUUCUAGCUCUUUUCUCUCCUAUAGGACCUAUUUUACAGGUCUCGUCUAAAUAGGCGCAAAUUGUCCUUAAAAGCGUCAAAGCGGGAUGAAAAUUCCGACUCUCUGUCGGCGCGGGGAAACUUCUGAGCUGGUAUUUUAGGACAUUUCGAGUCUCGAAUAAGAGGCCUCGAUUGCUUCGACGAUUAUGCGACGAGCGCAUGCCGCGUUCUCGCGAUAAACCUUUCCGCGGAAUCCCACGUAACGCGCGCGAUUCGGCCGCGACUGGCGAAAUUUCGGCAAGAUUCCCGCGCGAGAUCAUCACCGCCACGCACCGCUCUGCUGUGAGUCACCGAUCUUUCGCGCGCGCGUUAUAUUUUAUCGCGCAUUAAGCGCACCGAAAACUGAGCGUACAGCUCGGCAAAUGACUAUAAAUAACGGCAUUUUACAACGUUCCUCGCAUACCUUUUAGAUACCGCCUCUUCGUUGUCUUCGCGUCCGAAAUACCCGACCGAUCGAUCCGAGAGAAAAAUCGCGCUAUGCGCAGAGGGCUACGCUUUGUACUUGGUUCCGCGUCAUGUGUCGACGCUUAACGCCGCGCAACCCUAACAACGAGCUUGCAGUCUCCGUGAAACGCAAAUAUAAUAGUCGUAAAAAAAAAAAAAGCUGCCUUGGCUAAAUGAAUUUUAUAAGAAGAUAACGAACCGACUGAUUAAUUCGCUACUCGACUCGCGACUCUUUCCAUUCGCGCGGAAAUUGCGCCCCGUUCGAGCCCCGAGGGAAACUAAAAAGGAAGGCGAAUGUCGUAAUGACGAUCGUCAUGGCGAUAACGACAUGGCGAUGUCGAUGACGACAAUAACUGGUGAUGAGAGCAAAUGUAUAAAAAUACAAGAAGAGAGCAACAACACAGAGAAAAAAACCACGAGAGACCGCAAAUAAUUGAUUCGCGCAGCCUGCCGCCGAGCUUUUCGAUUGGUUCUGGUAAAGAGGGUGGGGUAUUACGGGAAUUUAUAGUAGGAGGUAGGGGGUUGUGUUGAAUGAAUAGCCGAACGCUUCGGCCUGUUGACGCACUUGGUCGCACCCACCCCGAUGAUCACCUGGAACCAUAUAUACGGUUUCGCGAUCGAGCAGCAAACCCGCCCUGAACCAUCGCCUGCGAAGUGCAGCCGAGAAAAGUAGAAGCCGAACGAACGAACGAACGAUCGAUACUCCCGAAGGUACGUCUCUCUCUUUCUCUCUUUCCUUCUCUCUCUUACAUGAAAUUACGUAUCUCUUUUUCCUUUCUUCUUCUCGCGUUGCCGCUUCCUUUUUUAAUCACCCAUAUCAGCUAUAUCGCGUUCUGCCAAGUGGAUCUACUGGUUCAUUCUAAGCCAAGCCGAGUGUUAUUUCUUUCCCUCAUAAUGCCACAUUACAGCACACACACAUGCGUAAUAUGAAAUAUUAUGUACUCAUGUACCGCAUUGCUACUGCUUCACAAUUCUAAUUUCGUUAAUUUUGUUUAUUAACCAGCGAGUAAUUCGUGUAACUUUCGUAUAAGUUAUUUUUGUCAAUUAAUUUUUAUAUUCAUGCUUGCCCAAAAGAGGACUUGAACUCUUGGAUAUAAAUAAACCACUCAAUGAACACAAAUUAACAACAAGAUUACGUUAAUGUUUUAUCAUUUCUCACUCAACCAGAUAAGUGUAAGACAAUGUUAUAUGUUAUAUGUAACAGUUGCAUUGCUGAAUUAUAACAUUAUUGUAACGUUAUUAUUAGUCGAUGUGUGUAACUAAUUAACCAACUAUCUAUCUAUGUGAUCUUUUCUAUCUUCUCCUCUUUAACUUUUCGCAAGAAUCUCGAAGAAUCUCGGUCACCAGCUACUAUCACAAUCGCCGACGGUUUCUGCGCGUUUGGUAGAAAUUGUUUUUGUCAAAUUUCGUAUCGUCCCCCAUCCCCUCCGACAAGCGGCGUGACAUAAUUUUCGCCGGGCAUUACGGUCGGUUUUAAUAUAACCGUGACGCGCGACAUUAUCGUCCAUAUACGAAAAUCGUAUCGCCGCUAAUUCUUAAAUAACAAUGUUUACUCACAAGCGGCGCGUAAACACACAGGCCGUGUAACUUCGCGAUAUCGAGCGGACACGGGCGAGUAAUCGAGCCGGUGAGUAAACGAGAGAGCAAUUAGGCAUGAGAAGCAUCGGCGUGCCGUCGGAGAGACCUCCGACGUGUUAUUCGACGACGUCGAUCCUUAGAUCGACGCGCCUCACUUUUUCCAUCCAAGUCGCGCGCGGCCACGCGUCAACGGCGUGUAUUAUAUCGAAUAGCGCGACGCGCGCGGAAAGAAGAAACAUCAGGAUUUCACGACGCAUCGUAUCGCGAGUAUCUCCCGAUCGUCGUCAAUAUCAUCGUCGUCGUCGUUAUCGCGCACUUUUUCAUCUGUCCGCUCCGGCGCCAGGAGAUAACGUUCUCCUCUUUCCUAUCGCGACGUUGUUUUUCACGCGCCGCUCGUCACGUACGGCAUCGAACGUGCGUGACCACACUCGCGGAGUGUGUAUGUGUGUAUGACUAUACGUGUGUGUGUGUGUGUGUGUGAUGUUAAAAUUAGGCGGAAUGUUGUAUAAAUAGUAUCGGCCGUUGCAGAAAUUUCGCAGGAGGAACGUAAACAGCGUACCUGCCUGUCAACAGAGCCAGCCGACCGUCGCGCGCGCGCGCGGAAUGAUUGAUGAUUAAUGAGCGGCUCACGGUCAGGGUACGCUGGACACGCACAAAAAGACGAAACUACCGCAAACGGACGACGCGCUCGAGCACCACGAAUACGAAAUGGGAUCGAAGAUGGUUCCUAGUCUGCUCUCGGUGCUGAUGCUGAACGUUGUGCUGUGGACGACGAGCAUCUGUGCGGCGCCGUUAUCAGACGUGAAGGAUCCUCGGGUUGCCUCCGCACCUGUAACAAAAUGCUCUUCCGACGGACAGUGUUGGGAAUGGUUGCCGACAUUGGAAGCGCACAGCGACACCGUCUUGUUGACCGACGAAGACGGCGACGACACCUCGAAAUUGCAGACCCGACGGCAAAUCACGAAUCCGGCAUCCGAGUUUGCGUGGAAAUCGAGGCAAGAUGGAACGCUGGCAAAGGCGGGACAAGUAAUUCGACCACCUGUGCCGACCAACAAGCAGACACCAGUUAGAAUCAUGAAGAAAGACGGGUUCGGCUCUCGAAACUGGGGUGCCGGCGGUAUGCCUUUCUCCGUUCUCUACAUGAACCCGCAUUAUUCGCGAUCGAACGCCGCCACGACGAGAUCAACCAUUCAACGACCAGAAUCCAGUGUGACGAGCAGAAGCUCGAGUUCGUCACCCGGAGAACGUCCUAAUUAUCAACGAAAGCGUCAACCCACCGUGCAACCAAGAAGACAGCCAUUUUUUACCAUACCGCAGCUCUUCUUAUCGUACGGCUGGGACGCUUACGGAAAAUAAAGAUGAGAAACGGUGACACAUUCUCGGAAAACUAUCGUAACAAGAACCAAAAAGAGAGAUAAAGAUAUGUGUAUUAAUAUUCACGGUAUAUCUAGAAAUGUGCAAGCAAGUAGCGCGAAGCAGUCGUCCAUUUUCGCCAUAACGUUAAUCGAUUCAUUGACGAUGAUUCGAGAUCUUAAUUUUCAUUUCUCUUUCCCUUUAUACGAAGCUUCAUUCAUUGUACAUAACAAUAUCGCGCGAUAAAAUUUUACUUGCUACACACAAACACACAGUCCACGCUAACUUAAUUACGAACUUCCGAGUGUAACGGAGAAAAAUAUUUGUCUGACAUGCACGAGCUGAGUCUAUAAUAAAACCAGAUAAUAAUAAAUA